AUGCCCACUGUCAAACCCCAUAUUCAACUGCAGAAAUGGGCCGACGAGUACGGACCGGUCUAUUCUUUGAUGCUCGGCACCAAAACCAUGAUUGUGCUGUCCAGUGACGUCGCCGUGAAAGAUAUUCUAGAUCGUCGCAGCGGCGACUACUCCGACCGACCGGACAUGUACAUUGGUCAGACCAUCGCCAGCGGUGGCAUGAGACUUGUCGUCAUGCGGUACGGCAAGUUCUGGCGUAUGAUUCACAAGACCAUCCACAACAUCCUCAACAUCAAAGCCGCUGUCACAUACGUUCCUUACCAAGACCUAGAAAACAAGGUAAUGCUGCAAGGGUUCCUGGAUGACCCCGAGCAUUUCCUGGGCCAUCUUCGCCGGUAUACUUUCUCUCUGUCGACGCAAAUUGUCUUCGGAUACCGUGCUCCAGACACCCAGGACCCGAAUCUGCAGCAGCUCUUCUGGAGCUUCGAGCGGUGGUCGAAACUUGCUGGAAGCGCCAGCGCUCAGCUCACCGACCUGUUUCCCGCGAUCCAGUCUCUUCCGCGCUUUCUGUCUCCUCAAGUACGUGAAGCAGAGUGGCUUCACGGGAAGGAGAAAGAUCUCUAUGUCCGCCUGUGGAUGCGGGCGAAGCGUGGGCUCGAAGCAGGCACGGGACAUAAAGUGGAACAGUUCAAUGACGAUCAAGCCGCCUACAUCAGUGGGUCUUUACUAGAGGCCGGAUCAGAUACUACUGCCGCGAUCCUCUACGGCUUCAUUCUUGCCAUGCUAGUUUGGCCGUCCGUUCAAGAGAAAGUCCGCGCCGAAGUCGACAGCGUCGUUGGUGCCGAGCGUCUUCCUACCAUCGACGACUACCCCAACCUACCCUACGUGCGAUCCUGCAUCAAGGAAUCCAUGCGCUGGAUGCCAACCGUGAUUCUCGGCGUCCCGCAUGCAGCCCUCCGUGAAGACCAUUACAACGGCUAUCGCAUACCCGCCGGUGCGACCGUCAUCAAUAAUGUCUGGGCCAUACACAUGGAUGACAAGCGCAGUCCUUCUCCGCGUACCUUCAACCCCGACCGCUUUGCCGACGACACUCGAACACUGUACGAAUCUGCUACUGGCGAAGCCUCAAAGCGAGACAACUACGUCUUCGGCGCUGGGCGGCGUCUGUGCCAGGGUAUCCACAUCGCGGAACGGUCGCUGUUCUUGGGCAUAGCGAGGCUGAUGUGGGCAUUCGAAUUUACGCCAGCCAUUGAUGAACGUACGGGGCAGAAGGUGACAUACGACGUCGACGACCUUGUGGGCGGUAUCACCGUCGAACCACGCCACUACCCUUGUACCAUCACAUCUCGCAGUGGAGCAAAGGCAGAGCUCAUCCGGGAAUCUGUAAAGUCGGACGCUGAGACAUUCCUCGACCCUGGCACAGGCCAAUGGAAGAAGACUCCCGAGGGCAUGGCAUUCAGUACUUGGGUUGAUGUGGAUGCUUGA